CCAGGCCCAGGCUGCCUCCUCCUGGGCGCAGAGCGCGGCCCCUGCCCGCCGCCUCCCGCUAUGGCCCAGCGCGCCUGGGGGCGCCGCCCGCUGCCGCUGCUACUGACGCUGUGCGCGCUGCUCGGCCGCCUGCAGGUGGCCAUGCAGCUGUCGCCCCCGUGUACUGGUGAGAGGCGCUAUGAGCACCUUGGCCGAUGCUGUAAGAAAUGUGAACCUGGGUCUUACAUGUCCUCGAAAUGCACUGCUACCUUGGACAGCGCCUGCCUGCCCUGCGGCCCAGAUGAGUACCUGGACAGCUGGAACGAGGAAGAGAAGUGCUUGCUGCACAAAGUGUGUGAUGCAGGCAAAGCCCUGGUGGCGGUGGAGCCGGGCAACCGGACAGCUCCGCGCCGCUGCGCCUGCACCUCCGGCUACCACUGGAGCGCCGACUGCCGCUGCUGCCGCCGCAACACCGAGUGCGCGCCCGGCCUGGGCGCCCUGCUCCCGGCUCGACAGAGACACGCAGUGCCAGCCCUGCCCCACAGGCUCCUUCUCGGACACCUUCUCCUCCACGGAGGCCUGCAAGCCCUGGACCAACUGUUCCAUGCAUGGGCAGAUGGUGGCCAGCCCUGGGACCUCGAAAUCAGAUGUAGUUUGCAGCUUUUCUCUGCCUUCUAGAAAGCCACCCGAUGAGCCCCAGGUCUACCUGCCCGGCUUAGUCAUCCUGCUGCUCUUCACAUCUGUGGCGCUGCUGGCAGUGGUGGUGAUGGGCGUGCACUACAGGAAGAAGGGGAAGGUGCUCACAGCUAACUUUUGGCACUGGAUGAAUGAGGUGUGUGGCCGUUUACAUGGAAAUAAGGAGCCCUCCAGCAGCAGCGUGAGCAGCCCUCAGGCAGAAGCCCCCAGUCCCUGUGACCUCUGUGAAGGCAUCUUCCUGCUGUCUCUCACCUCGGAGAAGCUGUUUGCUGAGGAUAUGAGUUGCCCCCACAGUGGGGUCGCCAGUGGGGAGCCAUGGGAAGCAGCCUCGCUCACGUGGCUCAGAGAGACUGAGGCAGACGGGGCCACCUUCCGCCAGGUGCCCAUGGAGGACGAAUAUGAGGACAGGCAUCCCCAGGCCCCAGGGAGCUCGUCCACACCCCCUUUCUCUGGACCCCUGGAAGUGGGCGAGAACGACAGCCUGAGCCAGUGCUUCAGCGGGACGGAGGCUGUGGGGGGUGCCCAGACCUGCCCGGAGCGGACCCCCCUGCUCCCUGAGAACUACCUGCAGAGGGCGGUGGAGCGGGGUGGCGUGGACCCAGAUCCCCUCCUGAGCUGCCCCCAAAAUGGACCCUGGUCCCCCUCACCUGAUGGCUGGGACCCUCCGUUGGAAGAAGCUGAAGGCGAGUCAGAGCAGGCAGGAGGCCAGACUGAAGAUGGGGCGCAGGACAGGCCCGCCAACUCCGCCAGGGCAGGCCUCUGUGGGGGCCCACCACCCGCAUCUGGGAACGUGACCGGGAACAGUAACUCCACGUUCAUCUCCAGCGGGCAGGUGAUGAACUUCAAGGGCGACAUCAUCGUUGUCUAUGUCAGCCAGAACUCGCAGGAGGGCCCAGCGGCGGGGCCUGGCGGCACCGGGGAGCCAGCGGAGGAGGCGGUGGGCCGGCCGGUGCAGGAGGAGAGCGCGCCCUGCUGCGACUCGUUCGCCGGCCUCGGGCCGCGCUUCCCGGACUCGUGCGGCGCCCCCGGGCCGGACAAGGCCUCGCGGCCCGUGCAGGAGCAGGGCGGGGCCCGGGCGCCGGAGACUCGGCGCUGAGCUCCGGGCGGGGCUGCGGGGCCGAGUCCCGACCAGCAGGUGGCGCCCCGGGCCUGGGCGGGGCCUCCUCUCGCCCGCCCCUCGGUACAUCUGCAGGCAGAGACCUGACAGUCUGCACCCAUCUGGCCCUCCGUGGCAUCUAAGUCUUUAUUUUUAUUAUGUUGUCCCUGCCUAUUUGUGAUUGCCACUCACUUAUGUCUGCAGUCAACGCAGCAGCGGAUGGCACAGGGCCCCUGGCUCUUUGGUGGCGCUGCCUUAUAUCCCACUCUGUUUUCAGUCUUUCCUUUUUUCUUUCUCACUUUUUUUUUUUUUUUUUUGCCACCAGGGUUAUUGCUGGGGCUCGGUGCGGGCACUGCGAAUCCACUGCACCUGGAGGCUAUUCCCCCCCCCCCAUUUUUGUUGCCUUGUUGCUCUUCUUGUUAUUAUUGUUAUUGACGCCGUUGUUGUUGGAUAGGACAGAGAGAAAUGGAGAGAGGAGGGGAAGACAGCGAGGGGGAGAGAAAGAUAGACACCUGCAGACCUGCUUCAUCACUUGUGAAGGGACACCCCUGCAGGUGGGGAGCCGGGGGCUCGAACCUGGAUCUGUAUGCCAGUCUUUGCGCUUCACGCCACCUGCGCUUAACCUGCUGUGCUACCGCCUAACCUUCUCUUU